AUGCCGUUCUUUGCCUGCUACCUCCUGACACCGGAGCAGCCUCCACAGCGCCUACGCUGCUCGUACAUCGGCUUCACGGUGUCUCCGACGAGGCGCAUACGUCAACACAAUGGAGAACUCGUCAACGGGGCCAAGAGAACGCGAAAGUUCCGACCGUGGGAGAUGAUCGCCGUCGUGCACGGGUUCCCGAGCAAGUUUCGAGCUCUUCAAUUUGAGUGGGUAUGGCAACAUCCUCAGGUUAGUAAAAUCUCCAAGACCCACCUGGAUUUUCUACGCGGAUCACGAGGUCUGGGGGCUCCUCGAUCCGUAAAGAGGAAGUUGGUAGAGAUGUUGGAAAUGGUGAACUUGGAGCCCUUCAAAGAGUUAAAUCUGACUGUUAGCUUCACCAGUGACGAGAUACACAAAAUGGCUCGAGCAUUUGGGGCGAGAUAUGCAGCUGCACACUGUGAGACGAGAGCAUUGGAGUCAUUCGCGGCGUGGGCGUGGUGGGGUGUUACCAUACAAGCUGCGACAUGUGCUGUCAUGCGCCGUGCUUGA